AUGCCCGCCGAUAUCUUCUUCGAGUCCGAUGACUCGGAAUUCUCCGAGACCGACUGGUCCGUCCAUGGCCGCAAGGGUCGUGCUUCGAACCGUCGACGAUCAGUCUCUCGUCCUCGUCGCACUGAGGUGCGAGAAACCCUCACGGUUCCCAUGCAGUCUUCACGACUCCAGCGGUCCUCUUCACAUGGUGGCCGCCGACACCGCGAUCGCGGCGAAGUCCCCGCUGUCAUGAUCGUCAACGAGCAGGCCCAGCGUACCGACAACAGCAACAGCAACAAGCCCCGCCGCGUGCAGCAAAAGGUCGUCGACGUUGACUUUGACGAGGAGGUGGUCAGGUCUCGUCGUCGUGCCGCGACCGGCGUCUCCCGUGACCCGUCCCCGUUCCUCCAUGAGCGCGAUGCCGAAUUCGCGCUUAAUCAGAAGCUCCUCGAGAAGAGUGAUCUCCGUCAGGAUAUGGAGAUCUGGAAACAGCAGCAAGAGAUCGAGCGGUUGGAGCGUGAACUGGAGAAGCACCGUGAGCGGGUUGAACCACGGGAUCCACGGGAGUCACGACUGCUGCGCGAAGAAGAAGAGUGGUAUGAGGAUGAGAUUAGUGAUCGACUGCGCCGACUGGAGCGAUUCGAGCGCAAGAACCGCUCUGAAGAGGAGCGGCGCAAUUUAGAGAAGAACUGGCGUAUAAAGAGGCUCGAAGACUCGGAGCGGGAGGCUGCUGACAAGACCCGUGCCGAAGAGGAGCGGCGCAACAUGGAGAAGAACUGGCGUCUGAAGAAGCUUGAGGAGUCUGAGCGGGAGGCUGCUGACAAGGCCCGUGCCGAAGAAGAGCGACGCAACAUGGAGAAGAACUGGCGUCUGAAGAAGCUCGAGGAAUCGGAGCGCGAGGCUGCCGAGAGAAAGGUCUGGCGACUGAAACAGCUCGAAGAGGCUGAGAAAGAGGCCGCCGAGCGGGAAGAGUUGAAGCAGAAAAUCCGCGAGGAAAAGUUGAAGGAGAUUGCCAAGCAGAAGGAGGAUCAGGAAGAGCGCGAGAAGCUCCGGAAGGAGUUCCUCGAGGAGGAGCGUCGCAAGCAAGUCGAGGCUGAGGAAAAGAAGAAAAAGGAGCAGGCGAUUAAGGCUGCAGCAGUUGAGGAGUGGAAGCUUGAGCAGGAGCGUAUCAAGCAGCGGCAGAAGGAAGAGGCGAUUAAGAAGGAUAAGGAAUUCCGAGAGCGCCUGCGCCUUGAGUUUGGGUAUUCCGAGGCGGAGAUCGAGGAUAUCCUCAACAAGAAGAAAAAGGCGGAGGAGAAGAAGGACAAGAAGGAGAAGAAAGAUGAGAUUAUCGAGGAGAAGACUACUUGGAUCAAGGUCCACCGCAAGCAUCUACUCCCCGAAUCCCUCAUAGCCUACAACUUGCCCUGGGAAUGGGACGAGCGCGAUAGCAACUACAUCAUCAUCAAGCGCUGGAUCACCGAAGAUCUCCAAGAAGAGCUCUUUGCCCACACCCGCCGUCUCCGCGAUGGCAAGUUGAUCGCCCAAACCUCCAGCUCCACCACCGAACUCAAGAUCAACGACCGCAACAAGGAAAAGAUGUACCUGGUUCGGAAGAAGAGCCCAAGCCGACGGCUGCGCAUCUUCGCAUAA